UAAAAUAAUGUGGGUGGUUGAAUUGGUGAAAGACCAAAUCGCCGUAAACACCCGCCCACAGUCGUCGGUUUUGGUUCUGGCCAGAUCUAAUAUGGUGGCUUCAUUCUUCCUCCUGAUCUCUUAAUUUGAAUCGGUUACUAGGCUUUUGCUAGUGGCAAUGGAAGUGAGCGAUGGGUCGUCUCAAGUUUUAAAUUCGAUGAAGCAUGUUGCGUCUCUGCGCGCCGAUGAAGAUCCCGACGAGACCUCCCUUCUACUUUCCUCUACGCUCCUCGAUUUGGUUGUGUUUAGGCUCGUGUUGGUUUUGUAUUGUGUUCGAGUGUUGAUGUUGGAUCAAUAUCAAGAGACAAUAGCAUUGUCUCAAGAGGUAAUGAUGGAAGACGGAAGACGUGAGUUUAACGUACCGAUGAACUGUCCAAUACCCGUGGUGAAGCGAAGAAUGAAGGCACCAAAGCAUGUGGAUGAAGACUUGUUCAAAAUCUUCCCACAGGCCACAACUUAUCUCCGUCAAAUCCAAAAGGGAGGUGGGUCUGGGUGCUUUGAAUUCAUAAGAGGAGAAGUUUGCACGAAAGACUUGAGUCAGAACAACACUUUUUAUUUUAUUUUUUAAUAUUGUAAGAACUAUGCUUGUGAAAUUGUUAUGUAUG